AAGAGAACUUCGCAAUAAUAGUUAAAGAAGUGUGGUAAAGGCCUAUAUGACUGCAUGUAGACUUUUUGCCUCGUGAAGUUUACAGUCCCACUGCAUCGAGUUACACUGAGCGCACUAUAAUUUUCCCCAUAUCUUUCUCGACUGACACGGAAGGUGGAAUCGAAUUGCAGUUGGAUUUUUUUGGGGGAGUGGGAGGAUUUAGGAAGCAAUGGAACACUGAGCGAGAAAAGUAACAAUUAGCAUACCGAACGUCGCAGAGAGAAAACUUUACAUUGAAAAAGGACAGCACAAAACGAUCCAAAUGGCUGAACAGCACUCCGACCUGGAAAAGGCCAUCAACACUUUGGUCACAAAGUUCCAUGCCGCUGCGGCCAAUAAAGGUCCCACACUCCAAACCAAAGAGUUCAAAGACCUCCUCUCCUCCCAGCUGCCCAACUUAGUCAAGACUGGAGGCUCAGAGCAGGGCCUGGGCGAGGUGAUGAGACAGAUGGGUGUGUCGGACGGCGAGGGAAUCACCUUCAAACACUUCUGGGGCUUGAUCCAGUCACUGGCCACCACGCAGCAUGGUCUUCUCAGCAGCGAGAAGGUGUCCAAGUGCAGCUGUGUGCUCCUGUGAGGUCCAUGCCUUCUGAUGGUGGUGUGAGCCAGGGGGGAACCAGACAGCCUCAUAGUAUCCCACCCAGUGUCAGUACCCCUUCUCACCGUACUGCUCCCAUCCAGUCCUGGACACUCACAUAGUACUCACCCCCUCCACGACAGGCCUUUUUAUGUACAUCUCCCAUGCUUGGUAGUGCCAGCAGUGCUCAUCUCUUAGCUCUAUACCACUUGGUUUACAGGAUUUUUGUUGUACUCCCUGAGUGUUAUAAGUGUUGGUCUUUCCAUCCAAAAAACCCUGAACGGCUUUCCUUUUGGCCUACUACCAGUGUAACCACUACAAAGAAUCCUUAGAUGACGUAUGACCCAAAGUGAAAUCAGAAAACCAUGAGCCAGCUUUAGGUGCUUUGCAAGAAAUAAAUAUGAAUUUACAUAUGGCAGUACACAUUAGUGGAAAGCACCUUUGAGCCACCAGUAGUCUCAUACAUACAGUGCUGGUGAUGCAGUGUCCCCAUAGUUUCCUUAAACAAUGUUUUCCCCACUGUGGUAUUGCAGUUUUUGUAUUUAUACUUUGUAAUUCUCUUUAUACUGGCCAUUGUAAUAACAUCGUAAAACAUGACCAAAAAUGUUCUAAUAAAAUAUUGCAACAAUGGUGACCUCCA